AUGGAUUGCCAUAGAAAGCAAAUGAUUUUGCAUCAAAUCCAUGAGCUUCUGAAUGUCUCCAAAAAGCGAGAGCUUUUGAUAAAGCUGUCUGCCCCUUUUUGUAAUCUCUUAGCCGCCGAUAGGCCACUGGUGGAGUAUUAUGCAUGCAUAUUGUUUCCCUCAGAAAAAAGCCAUGAUUUUUUGUUAUUUUUUCUUCUUGAUAUUUGCGAUUCCCCUGUGGAGGCGUACUCUUUUUUUGUCUCAAGCUCGUUUUUCAAACUUCCCCUCUUGGAAAAAGACCCAUCUAUCAUUAGGAGGUAUUUAAAUAGAUUUAUUUUGAUGCGGGCUGUACAUUCGUCAUUACCAAAGCAUCUUCAACGGCAAAAACCCUCAUGGAGGGAGCAAUACUCUGUCUAUAGUGGCACUUCCAAUGUUUUUGGAGACAGGGAGGCUUUAUUGGGUUCAACAUCUACAUCAAGAGCAGUAAUAGAAAAUGGUUCAGACGAUAGGAGGCCAUUCAACGCAAAUCCAUUAUUUUCCACACCCACCGUUAAAGAUAUUUCGAUUAACGGUUUUCCACUUCUCCCUUUUAAUGGUGAAACCGAGCCUUUUCGUCUACAUAAACGCAUCUCAUUAGAUAUGGACUCAAGCCUCCUGUGUGACACUUCCAUUUACAAUGAUUCACCUAUAAACACCCAGAAAAAUGUGGCUAACUUUUAUUCUGGUCAAGCAGCAAGUUGUGUAAAUAGUUGCAAUAGUAGCAUUGAAGUCUCCCAAAUGGAUCAUAUCCAAGAGCCAUCUUUGAUUUCCAUGAAUCUCGACCACAAUGAUAAGAUAUCUUAUAGUGAUAGCGAGGAGGAGUUUUGGGAUGCUUUGGAUAUAUACGCCUGCUCUUGGGCGUCAAAUAAUGAAGAUAAGGGGCCCAUUUUAGAGAAGAAAAUACACGACAUCGAGCCAGAAAAAAUACUCGACUCACAACAUGUGACUGGAACUGUUUUCGCGAAUGGGUCUGAUUUUUUUCCCUCAAAUAGUAUUAUCAAAGCAGCACCUAUCGAAAAAACUGGGAUUCAAAAUGGCAAUGGUGAUGAUAAUAUAAAGGAUACUUUGAUCAAUGGUGCUUUUAGACAUCAAGCUCCCGAGGAAAAUGAUAGGCUCAGCAAUAAAAUUGAACCAUAUCUUAUCUCAACUGAAGAAGAGCUUGACACACAUACUGAAGAAGAGCUUGACACACAUACUGAAGAAGAGCUUGACACACAUACUGAAGAAGAGCUUGACACACAUACUGAAGAA